UGAACUAAUUAACAGACAUUGACCAAUCCUUCGUUUCGUUAUCCAUUUCUGUUCGUUUCGGCGCCUUGCAAUGGAGGGACACAGGCGUGUUGUGGCUCGCGUGGCGGGUACGGUCAAGGACUAUUUCACGAGAAAGGAGCCUUUUCGAAUAUCACAUGGCUCGACCAACAGCACGAGACCAGAUGUAAAGAAACGCGUGGUCGACAUCAGCGAGCUUCGAAAUGUCCUCAAGGUGGACACCAAGUCACAGACUGCAUUGGUCGAGCCAAAUGUGCCUAUGGAUCGCCUCGUAGAGGCCACUCUGCCGCACGGUUUGGUGCCUCCUGUCGUGAUGGAAUUCCCAGGGAUCACGGUUGGUGGCGGGUAUGCAGGUACGGCUGGCGAAAGUAGCUCCUUCAAAUUUGGAUUCUUCGACCGGACGAUCAAUUCCGUCGAGAUGGUACUGGCAGAUGGCCAAGUGGUGACAGCGUCAGAUCAGCAAAAUGCAGAUCUGUUUCGGGGAGCUGCCGGCGCAGUCGGAACGCUGGGUGUGACCACACUCGUGGAAUUGCAAUUGAUCAAGGCGCAAAAGUAUGUCAAGACAACAUACCAUCCCACCACUAGUGUUGGCGCGGCCGUCAGAGAAGCCAGAGCACAGACAGAAGAGGAAGCAAAUCAUUACGUAGAUGGCAUUCUCUUUUCAAAGGAUCACGGUGCUAUCAUUACCGGCGAAAUGGUGGACGAGCUUCCAUCUGGUGUGAAACCGCAAACAUUCAGCAAUCCCUGGGACCCUUGGUUCUAUCUGCAUGUGGAAGCCAGGACACGAAACGCUUCCACACCAAUCGUCGACUAUAUUCCCUUGGCCGAGUAUAUGUUCAGAUACGAUCGCGGUGGCUUUUGGGUCGGCCGUUCUGCAUUUACUUGGAUGAAAUUCCCCUUCAAUAAGUUUACUCGCUGGUUCCUUGACGACUUUUGCCAUACACGAAUGUUGUAUCGUGCCCUUCACGCCAGUGGAGAAGCUACUCGAUACGUGGUUCAAGAUAUGGCAUUGCCGUAUCCAAACGCUGAGAAGUUCAUUGAUUACACUGACAAGACCUUUGGUAUCUGGCCAUUAUGGCUGUGCCCUCUGAAACAGAGCCCCCAACCAACCAUGCACCCUCAUACCAAGGGUAAGCUUGCAGACGACCAGAUGCUCAACAUUGGUCUCUGGGGUUUUGGUCCUGCAAAUAGAGACGAGUUUCUUGAUAAAAACCGCCAAUUAGAAAAGAAGUUGGGUGAAUUUGGCGGGAUGAAGUGGCUCUACGCGCACACGUACUACACCAAGGGAGAGUUCUGGUCGCAAUUCGAUCGGGAAUGGCACGAAAAAUUACGAACAAAGUAUCGAGCGGAAACCUUCCCAGACGUAUACGAAAAGGUACACGUCGAUAUUGCGAAGCACAAGGAGCUUGUGAAGAAUAAUUGGUUGUUACGAAUUCGGGACAUAUGGCCACUCGGUGGCUUCUGGGGUAUCUGGAAGUCCAUACAAAGCAAAGACUACAAGAUACACAGGGCUUCGACAUGGAGGACCAGAUGAUACAAGACAAUCGAUAAGACGCCCCAUCAGACAUAACGAUGGCUGUAAAUUAGUGUAAAUACUCACCUGUUAUCAAUCUACUAUUCCAGAUGUUGGUAGAGUCUGUGCGAGAUUAAGGGUGGGGGAAGGUGGAGUUUGAGAUGCAGUGAGACGACAGCAAACGA